UAAUAAUUAAAAAUGCUCCAAAAAGCAGCAAUCAGAUUUUAUUUAUCAUAAGCAAGUAGUAUAGAAUAUUAAAUAAAGGAAAAAUUCCAACAAUUUGGGAUGUUAAUCCAUAUGCAUAUUAAAGAAUGUCAAAUGCUUUAAUAGGAGCAUACUCAAAUAGAUAAUUUGGUGUUUUAAUAAGAGAAAAUCUUGAUAUUAUAACUGAUCAUUAAGUAGCAUAUGCAUUUUAAAGGUAACAUGUUAUUAUUUAAUAUUUUUAAAGAAUAAAUGAAUUAGAUUUAGAUGCUGAUGAAGAUUUCUAUGAAUAUGUUUUACCAGCAUUGAAAGAAUUUGUUCCAAAUUUAACAAGAGAUCAUUCAGUUUCAUUUGCUACAAUUAUUGGAACUUGUGGUAAAAUAAAUGUUAAAGAUGCUUCGCUUUGGCAAUUAUUUGAAAAAAAAAUUGUGACUGAUCGUUUAUAUAGGUAAUAUUGAAUAUGAUUUAAAAAGAUAUAUUCCUUUAAAUGAUUUAGUCAGUAUGACUUAAUAAGUAGCUUUGAGUGAUUUUGGAUCUGAAGCAUUUUUUAAUACUAUGGAAAAAUAAAUAGGAAGACAUAGAUUAGCAUUGAGUGAUGAAUAAAUUAAGUUGACUCAAGAAGCUUUUGAAAGAAAAAGAUUAGCAGCUCCUAUCAUAAAACAAUUAAAAUAAUCAGCUUAAAAAUAAUUGGCUUGAUUUAUAAGAUAAAAAUAAAAAUAUUAAAUAGUAC